AUGUCUCUCGUGCUUGCAAUGAAUGCCGACGGCGGCGGUGCAAGUGCGACGGCGGGGCGAGAGUGUUCGUGGAGUAUAGAAAACGAUGCACGACGCCCAGCAACGAAGCAGCUUGUCGAAAGUCUGCACGCCAAGAUACAAUCACUCGAAGCCGAACUAGCACAAUUGAAGGGACGGCCCGUAACGUCGUCUGCUGAUAGUGACGCCGAGCCCUCUACCCCAGUUGUGAACGCGUCAACGUUUCCAUCUGAACCAGCAGAGCCGUCGAGCUUCGAGCGCGAGCGUCCGGAGGCACCGAACGCUCAGCUUACAAUGACCGUUAUGUACAGGUAUAUCUUCGACAUAGAUUCAAGCAUCCCGGCCAAUGAGCAAUCCAAGGAUGUACAUCUAAGCGUCGCCUGCCAGUGGAACCGUUACCUUCCCCAGUUGCCUCAUUUAACUCGCCUUGAACAUGACACCAUUCUUUUACGCUGCUUUCAAUACGGAGUUGCAUGGCUGCACUGCAUGCUUCCUGAGGCCUUUCUGCAUGAUAUGCUUUACGCCCUUACAUCCGAGUCAUCUGCGGUCAGCAACCCGUUGCGCCUUCAACAUUACACUCCUAUGCUUCACUGUGCUUUGCUCGCUUAUGCCUGUGCUUUCUCUGACAACCCUGAGAUUCGAUCACCCUCUUUUCGCGCUAAAUUUGCUCAAUACGCAAAACAAUGGCUAGAUUAUGAAUUCGAGAGGCCUGUCAUGGCAUUGGUUAGGGCGCUUGCAUUGUUAGGAGAGUAUCAUUGUGGUAUCGGGCAGCGUAGUUCGGGGUUUAUGUAUAUGGGUAUGAGCAUUCGCGCUGCUCGAUCUCUAAUUCUCGUAGGCGAUCACGAAUCUUGGAUUAAUGAGGGUUCUACAGCCCAUUCCGAAGUGGUUGAGCGUGAUUGGCAUUUCUGGUCAGCCUUUUGUCAAGAUAAAAUCAUGGCGCUAGAAUUCAACCAGGAACACGAUGUACCAGUUCCCCACCUUGGUGUGAGCCUUCCAUCAAUUGACGGAGACUCGGAUAAUCAACCUUGGUCGAAUGGGCUUGUUGGAUUUCCACCAAGAUUAACUACUAAAACAUUUUUCGAUAGUUGCAAACUUAUGGUUAUAUCAACUAGGAUUAUUGAGUUUCUACACACAAAGGACCAAGAAGGCCAAGACGAGCGCGCGGUAAUCAACCUGCAUCUUCAACUUGAUACAUGGUUCAAUAACUUGCCACGAGAGCUACUCGUAUGGGCUCGAUCUACUUCGCCUCUCCCGCACAUAAUUACUCUGCACAUCUGUUAUUGGUUUUUACUAGUCUGCUUGCACCAGCCGCUCUACCAUCGGCCUACUACAAGUGAAGACGACAAGGGGAAAGGGCCUAACACGAUGGGAGAUGUACCAAACCAAGGUGGGGGAAAUGACCCAAUUCACGAUCUGAGUAUCAAAAUGGUGGAUCGGGCGACGCAUAAGAUUGUGCAACUUCUCCAAAUGUUCGAGGAGCAACAUGGAAUGAGGUUCUUUCCUAGGAACAUGAUUUAUAUGAUUUACGAGUGUGGUCUCGUUCUAAUGAAAGAGGCCGCAACUGUACCUUUUGCAGCGACGAAGAAAAGAGCAACUGCAAUCGAGGCUGGCCACGCCUGUUUGCGUGCGUUAAAAGGGACUUCGGUAACUUGGCCGUGGGCCGAACAACUGGCUACUCGCUUGGAAGGGUGUCUAAACGCAGCCGGAGCAAACACCACACUACAGCCCUUCACCUCAAAUUGGUCUAUUCCAGUAGGUGGGACCAACUCAGCAGGCGCAGACAUGUCACCGACGUUCCAUCAGUUCGUCCACGUCUGGGAUUCCACUGGAAUGGAGGCUCCUGGUAGGAUCAAUUUAACGAACAGAAUUCAAGAUACGCAACCAACCGAGCCGAAUUCUGAUAUGACUACCACUCGGGGAAUGGUUCCAAGCUCGAUGGGGCUGGGCUUGCAGGGCCUGGUCCCUCAGAAUCACGACCUUGGCCAUCCAACGAUCAGAAGGAAUCUCGGAGAGGAGGGGAGUGCACAGGUAGACGGGGAAACCCGGGCAUACGACAUGGUUUCCUUCUCGGAUACACCGACUAGUUCUACAUCUUCUUACUCUGCACCCCAUCCUACUCAACAGGGGUCUGACGAAGAUAUGUGGAGUUCCUCUUUGUUUGAUUAG